AUGUCAAAUCAACAACAAUUAACAAUAGUUUCUGCACCAGGGAAAGUUCUUAUCGUCGGCGGAUACCUUGUGCUUGAUCGAUCAUUCAAUGCAGUUGUCAUUAGUACAGAUUCGAGGUUUUAUUGCAUGAUUAAGGACGGACAAUGCCCAAACAAAGUAGUAGUCAAAUCACCACAGUUCGAGGAGGCUGUCUGGGAAUACGAUGUCGAGGAUUUGGAAUCUUUUAAUCAGAAAAAUCAAAACAAUCGAAAUACGUUUGUUCGGAUUGCGAUAAAAUAUACACUUGGCAUUAUAUCACAAAGGAUUGAGAGCAGCGCAUUUGCUGAAAUAAUCAGCAGAGGACUCGAGAUUACAAUCCUGGGAAGUAAUGACUUUUAUUCACUAAGGGAACAGCUAGUCAACUCCCAUCUUCCACUAAUUACCGCCUCUAUGCGUCUUAUAGACCCACUGUCAUCAUUCCACGCUCCCAUAUCAAAAGUUCAUAAAACGGGUCUCGGUUCAUCUGCGGCGCUGGUCACCUCUAUUGUUACGGCAUUAUAUGUUCGGUUCGGAGUCGUGCACCAGAAUGAGCAUGACGAAGAUUAUAGUAGACAUUUGGUCAAUAAUACGGCACAGAUCUGUCACGGACUUGCGCAGGGAAAGAUAGGAUCGGGGUUUGAUGUUUCUGCCGCGGUCUGGGGUAGUCAUGUUUAUAAAAGGUUUUCUACAAGUGUUGUCGAGGAAGCUUUUGCUGUUAAUAACGAAGAUCAUAGUGAGGGCAUAGUCAAUUUUAAAACACUCAGCCAAAUAGUGGAGCCCGACUUUAACAAGUGGGACAGCGUGGUUAGACCUACACGUCUUCCUCCUCAAUUUAUUCUUAUGCUUGCUGAUGUGGAUGCUGGAUCACACACGCCUUCGAUGGUUGGAAAAGUAUUGGCAUGGCGGAAGACUAAUCCGGAAAAAGCCACUAAAUUAUGGAACGAGCUCGGAGCUUGUAACCAGAAAAUAGAGGAUGGGCUAAGGUAUUUGGAAGAUAUGAGUGAAGUUGAGAGUGAACUGUAUGAAGAAGGAAUAAGACGUUGCUCUGAACUACCGGGAGAGAAGUGGUCGGAACUCAGUAAUAGUAGUCCUCAUAACUCGGUCAUACGAUUCAUGGACCAUAUUUACCAAACAUUCCAACAAAUACGCAAUUUGCUAAGGCAAAUGUCAACCGAGUCAGAAGUACCAAUCGAACCGCCAGAACAGACAGAAUUGCUCGAUGCUUGCAUGAAAGUGGCUGGUGUGGUCAUGGCCGGUGUUCCUGGUGCCGGUGGGUAUGAUGCUAUAUUUUGUGUUUGUAUCAGCGAAGAUGCAGUAGCUGAAGUCGAAAAAGUAUGCGAGUCGUGGCGGGCUAUGAAUGUCCUUCCGUUGCUUUCACGAGAACUAGCAACGGGGUACCUUAUUGAGAAGCUGGAGGAUGUUAAGGGAAUAGAUAAGUACAUCUGA